AUGCCUUAUUUUGCCUUGCUGACUGGCCUACUAGCUUUAUCUCUCCUAGCCUGCUGCGGGCGAGGGAAACCUGUGGAGGACUGGGAACGGGUGUCUGCCGUGGAAAACGCCAAUAAAUUCUUUGGGGAGGCUGAGAAGGGGGAGGAUGAUAUGAGCUUUGACUUCAAAAUGUUCCUGGAGAACAUGAAGGUGGAUUUCCUGCGGAGCCUGAAUUUAUCAGGGGUCCCUUCCCAAGACAGGACCAAAGUGGAGCCGCCUCAGUUCAUGAUUGAUCUGUACAACAGAUACACCACCGACAAAUCGUCCACUCCAGCAUCCAAUAUAGUGAGGAGCUUCAGUAUCGAAGAUGUUGUCUCUGUGUCUUCAACAGACAGACAUCCCUUACAGAAACACAUCUUACUUUUCAACAUCUCUAUUCCAAGACAUGAGCAAAUCACCAGGGCUGAGCUCCGGCUCUAUAUUUCCUGUCACAGCCAUGCUGAAUUGUCCCAUGAACUGAAAGGCAACAUUGCCAUUUAUGACAUCCAAGGUGCAACAGACUUCUGGGAAGGCACAGAGGGGACCAAGUCCUUCCUUGUGUCCCAGGCUAUCCAAGAAAGUGGUUGGGAAACAUUUGAGGUCUCCAGUGCAGUAAAACGAUGGGUUAGGUCAGAUCCAACAAAGAAUAAAAAUAAGCUGGAAAUCAGAGUGGAAAGUCAUAUGAAAGGAUGUGAAAAACUAGACAUCAGUGUCCCUCCAGACUCCAAAAAUCUGCCCUUCUUUGUUGUGUUCUCUGAUGACCGAAGCAAUGGAACAAAGGAAAUCAAGAUGGAGCUCAGGGAGAUGAUAGGUCACGAGCAAGAGAGUGUGCUCAAGAAAUUGUCCAAGAAUGGUAGCACUCAGGAAGAGGAGGAAAUAGAAGAAGAAAUAGAGGAUUUUUCUAUCAGGAGACCAUCUUUGUCCAGAAGCAAAAGAAGUACAGCUUCCAAUAACCAUUGCCAAAGGAGCUCCCUUCGAGUCAACUUCAAGGAUAUUGGAUGGGACAACUGGAUCAUUGCCCCAAAGGAGUAUGAUGCAUAUGAAUGUAAAGGAAUCUGCUUCUUCCCUCUUGCUGAUGAUGUGACUCCAACUAAGCAUGCCAUUGUUCAGACUUUAGUACAUCUCAAAAACCCAAUGAAAGCUGGGAAGGCCUGCUGCGUACCCACCAAACUGAACCCAAUUUCUAUCCUCUAUAAAGAUGAUGUUGGAGUGCCCACUUUAAAAUACCAAUAUGAAGGAAUGAGUGUGGCAGAAUGUGGAUGUAGGUAGUACCCAAUCACCCCAUCAGCUUGAAAAAAGGAAAAUACUGGCAUAUCAUUCUGGGGUGAAGGGGGAGGGGAGGUAUCCAAAGGCAUGCACUCGUACAAAGCUAUACACCGGUGCUGACAAUGUUAACCCACGUAGACAAUCUUGGAAGGGAGAAAAGAAAAAAAUCAAGACUCUAAAGCCAAAUUACUUGGACUUAAAUAUUUGGACACAUCACUACAAUUGACCCUCUUAGCAAUAUGUCCAACAGGAGUAACGUUAGACUUUGAAGUACCCAAAGGGGAUCUUGGGGAAACAGAAUUGGGUGGGAAGGAUAUAAAAUAUCAGGAAAGUAGAUGCAAUGAGGAGCAGACAGGGAAAUUGGUGGGGGAAAAAAAACACCAAGUCAAAAGAAUUGAGCAAUAGCCAAAAAUUUCCUAAAGAUUACUGAACAUGAGGAGUACAGAUGGUUGCAUAAUGUAAUCUAUGAAAAUAAACAUGCAAGGGAAUAGGGAAGUAAGGAAUGAAUGCUUCA